AUACGCUCCCGUGCGCGCGCGCACACGCGGAUUGGUGAGGGCCUCGGCGGAAUCGGCAAUGGCGGAGUGAGGUCCGCAUGGCCCAGUACAGGCAGUCCGGGUACCGGGACCACGACCUACUCCACCACCACUCCUCCAACGGCGCGCCGGAUCGCCACCUCCCGAUCGGGGCCCGGGCCGCCGCCGCCGCCGCCGCCGCCGCCCCGCAGCAGCACAAGCCCGGCCGCGGCCGGCGGUCCGCCCGAUCCGAGAAGGGCCGGCGGUGCUCGAUCGGCGCCGUCGCGGUCGCCCUCGCGCUGGGCCUGGCCGUGACGCUGCUGGCUUACUAUUGCCUCUCCAGGGACGGCGGAGAUAGAAAUAGUUAUCGAGGCGAAGAAGAUGACUUGAAAAGCGACCUCGACUUCCUUGCAAAUGUAACACGAACUGAGAACGUCAAAGUCCUUGGAUUUGGACGGGGUUCAGUAGCGCAUGGGCGGGACUCAAGGUAUUGGGACCGGGAUGAUAGGAGAAGGGAUGAGGAUUACAGCGAAGAAGUGGUGGAGAACACUAAAGUGACUUUUGACGAUGCAUCUUCAGAUAAGGGCCGCAUGUCCGCGAAAGGGAAAAGUGGUAGCAAGAAGUCCUCUGUUGACGAUUCUCGAGGUGUCGGUCGAAGAGGAGCCGGACUAUAUAAUGAGGCUGGGCGCAAUGAACUGAAAAUGUAUGAAGCAGAAUAUGAAGCAUCACUGAAAAGUUCUGGCCAAUCAAUAAAGCAGACUGGCAAUAAGAAUCAGUUAUCUGAUACCGGAGAUGAAAAUGAAGAGUUUGAUGCUGAGGACGAUUAUGACGGUAUCGAUCUCCAUGAUGCACAUGAUAAUGUCUUGAGUGAUGAUGGAGAUGAUUCUGAUUUGACCAUAUCUCAUGAAGUGAAUAAGAAGUCUUACCAGGGAAAUGGUCUAGAAUCUUCAAAUAAGUUUGAAUUUGGUACCAAGGGUCGAAAUGUUGCUGAGGUAGGUGAUGAAGCAUCAAAGAAAUCAUCUCAGAAGGUAUCUGACAAUAGUUUGGAUAGUCUUACGACAAAUUCCAGACGUAAAAGUGUCAGUGAUGGUCAUGCAACUAAAAAGUCAACUAAAAGAAAACCAAAGCGCCGUUCUUGUGAGAUGAAGCUAUUGAAUUCUACCGCACAGCUUGUUGAGCCAUUAGAGAGUCGAAAAUUUGCUAGAUUUGCACUGCAGUAUGUAGAGAUAGAGGAAAAGCCUGAUUGGCAACCAGAAUGGAAGCCCAGGUUUUCUGGGCAUCAAACUCUCCAACAACGAGAGGACUCAUUCUUGGCUCGUGAUCAGAAGAUGCACUGUGGCUUUGUCAGAAGUCCUGAUGGAUUCCCAAGUACAGGAUUUGACUUGUCAGAGGAUGACGCAAGUUACAUUAGUAGAUGCCACAUUGCUGUAAGCUCUUGCAUUUUUGGGAAUUCAGAUCGUUUGAGGACACCUGCUAAUAAGAUGAUCACUCGUUUGUCUAGGAAAAAUGUCUGCUUUGUUAUGUUCGUGGAUGAAGUUACUGUGCAGACGCUUACUUCUGAGGGGCAUAUGGUGGACACGAUGGGCUUCAUUGGUCUCUGGAAAAUUGUGGUGGUAAAAAAUCUACCGUACGAUGAUAUGCGGAGAGUUGGCAAGAUACCGAAGUUUUUGUCGCAUCGGCUUUUUCCAUCUGCAAGGUAUUCAAUUUGGUUGGACAGCAAGCUUCGACUCCAAUUGGAUCCUCUGCUCAUUUUGGAGUACUUCUUGUGGCGGAAAGGUUAUGAAUAUUCAAUAACUAACCACUAUGAUCGGCAUUGUGUUUGGGAAGAAGUAGCUCAAAAUAAGAAGUUGAACAAGUACAACCACAGUAUCAUAGACCAACAGUUCACAUUCUACCAGUCUGAUGGCCUCAAGAGAUUCAAUCCAUUGGAUCCAAUGAAACUUCUCCCUAGCAAUGUGCCGGAAGGAUCUUUUAUUGUCAGGGCACACACGCCAAUGUCAAAUCUAUUUUCCUGUCUUUGGUUCAAUGAGAUUGACCGGUUUACUCCUCGUGAUCAGCUUAGUUUUGCUUACACAUACCAGAAGUUGAGAAGGAUGAACCCAGAGAAACCCUUUCAUCUUAAUAUGUUCAAGGAUUGCGAAAGGAGACGUGUAGCUAAGCUGUUUCGUCAUCGGUCAGAUGAGCGGCGGAAUACUCAUCAAGUAGAGAUCAACUGAAUAGCAACGUGGGUACGACCCUCUCCACCCGGUUUCUUGGCGUCAUUCGCAGCGGCCUACUCGUUUGAUGCAUAUCAGGAUAAAACUGCUAAACACCACACUUUGGAAAGCGGCAUUUGUUGUCAGGAGACACGAUUUUGCAAUUAGCACGCUAGAAAAAGUCUGCAACGAUUGCUGGCCUUGGUGCCUGUGCACCUGAUGGAGUGAGUCCGAAUAUGUGCUGUUGAUUGUGUAAUUCUACAUAGAGUAGAAAGCUACGACUCCCCACCAUUCAUCCAAUUUAUUACCAUUCUUUGCUUCAUCACGAGGCUGUGAGGCACCCAAAUACUUUACAAGGUUUGGUUCCGCUACGGCUGUCAAUUUUUUGUGUUCUUUUUGCCUCGUCAAUGACUCAUGUUCUUUAUCUGUAAGAAACUUCAAUUCAAUCUUUAUGUGAUUGUACAAUGGCAUCAUCUCAAAGUUAUAUUUUUUUAUAUGUAA